AUGAGUUCUGUUGUUAAUGAUGUCUGGUGUCUUUUCUCUCUCUCUAUUGUAUCUUCUAUCAUCUCUCCAGACUCUGUCAGGCUGGUGAAUGGGACCAGUCUGUGCUCAGGCAGACUGGAGGUGAAGACUAACCAGUCUACCCAGCGCUGGUCCUCAGUGUGUGAAGAUGACUUUGACCAGCAGGAUGCAGAGGUGGUCUGUAGGGAGCUUGGCUGUGGGGCUCCUUCAGUCCUCCAGGGGGCACUCUAUGGAGAAGUGGAGCCUCCAAUGAGGACCAAAGAGUUCCAGUGUAGAGGCCAUGAGUCUGCUCUCCUGGACUGUAGAAGCUUAGGCUCAGAUAGAAACUCCUGCUCACCUGGAAAAGCUGUUGGACUCACCUGCUCAGAGCCUGAUGCUGUCAGGUUGGUGGGAGGAGCCAGUCGCUGUGGAGGAACACUGGAGGUGAAACAUAAAGGAGAAUGGAGACCAGUGGUUAGCAGUUACUCUGGCUGGACCCUGAAGACAGCAGCUGCUGCCUGCAGAGAGUUAGACUGUGGCUCUGCUGUUUCUGUAGGAGAGAGUAAUGAGUCCUACGACAGAUCUGUGUGGAACAUCUGGUCUUACUGUGUUGAGUCUGGAUCUGUUCUGAGGGAAUGUGCAACAUCAUCAUAUUACUCUUCCUCCUUACUUAAUCUCACCUGUUCAGACCUGCUGCUGCAGCCCAACAUCUCUGUGUCCUCCUCCAUGGUCGGGGUCUCCGAGGAGGACCAGCAGGAGGUGUUCCAGGUGUUCUGGGGCUCCAACUUCACCAUCAGCUGCUCCAUCCAGCCACAGUACCCAGGAGGCUCCUUCCAGCUCACCUUCACCUCCUCCGACUCUACACACAACUACACCCAGCCAGCUGUCAAUCACUCUGCCCACUUCCUGUUUCCUGCUGCAGAGCCCGCCCACCAAGGAAGCUACAGCUGUGUUUAUCACCUCAAUGUUUUCUCUCAUAACUUCUCCUCUGAGAGCCGUGUGCUCUCUCUCAGCGUCAUGGAUCCGAGGCCCUUAAUCAUCAGAGCGAUCCUCCUGCCACUGAUUCUGCUGGUGGAGAACAUUGUCCUUUACUUCUACUGUAGGGCCAACAGGGGGCAGCUGCCGUGCAGACAGAAGAACAUUGAUCGGGGCGGCCUUUAGCUCACCCAUUAAGAGCUUUCGCCUCAUGUAGGCUGAGUCCUGCAGCGGCGCAGGGUUCAAAUCCAACCUGCUGCCCUUUACUGUGUGUC